CAUUCAGUAGGGUGGGUGUGUCUUCACAAGUAUAAAAUUGUUAUUUCUUGGUACAUGUAAUUAGUAUUCCUCCGGCCAUAGAGAUCUACUAGUGAUUGCAGCAUGGCUCUGGAGCUGAAGCAAGGCGACGGUGUUGAGGAUGUGUGGAGAAGAAAGUACACAGCUCUGCAGAGUCGGUGCAUGUACUAUCAGAAGAUGAACUCCAUGCUAUUUUUGAGGGCUAAGGAAAUACACAAAGUGAUAGAGAGGGCAGAGACGGAAACAAGGUUUCUAGUAAAUAAGUUGGAGCAGUAUGAAGAAGUGGACUAUCCAAGAUGUCUUCCGUCAGUGAGGGCCGAAACUAACGGGCUCACAAUACUGUCUCCCCACCCACUCCACAUCACGCCCCCUCAUCCACUACUCAUGACUGCCGCGGCUGCUAGGAUACGCGCUGAAGUGGAGAGUGCUCUAUCACAUGACCACCCCUCCGACCAAUCAAAUGACAUCAAUGGAACUCAACUAUUAUACAACGAAUCAAACAGUCCAAAACUCACCAGUACCGAGAGAUCAUCAUCUACUGUUGCUCGUAGCAACCCCUCGGUAGUUACUCCUCAGACAACAGUAAUUCAAGGACCUCCAAGUCUCAUUCCAGUUCCAUCACCAGUCAUCGUUCCAGACCGUAGUCGUGCAGGACCACCCAAAACAAAAAGAAUGAAACGAGCCCCCAAAAGAGCUCCAGAUAAACCGCUAAAGUCAGGCCUCAAGGGAGCAGCUGCAGCCAAGAGACGAAAGGGCGAUAUCGAUCCAAACGCUCCAAAGAAACCAUCAAAUGCAUUUUUCUGGUUUUGCCAAGCCAAUAGAGCCGAGCUCCAGGAGCAGUUUAAAGAAGGAGAGGUGGCAACAGGACAGCAUGAUCUCACCAAGGCACUGGCCAGGCUGUGGGGGGAGACCAACACAGAUGAUAAAAAGCCCUUCUAUGAGCAGUAUUCACUGGACAAGGCUCGCUAUGAUGAAGAAAUGGAGAGAUACUUGAAGAUGAAGCAAGCUGCUCUACCACCACCCGUUGUCGUCGUACCCCAACUGGCCAAUCAGAUUGCAAAGGACAGCAACAGUACUUACACAGUGACUAUUGUAAACCCUGAACAAUGACAUCAUCAGUUUAUUAAUAACAAACAAAGAUGCACGUUAAUUUUUGCUGACAAAAUUAUUGUUAUAAAAAAAGUUAUUAUUGUGA